UUAGUGUUUCAGUUGAGCCAAGAUUAAAAGCUGCGCUUCUUGUUCAGUUAAGGUUGUUUAAUAUUUUUAUGUGACAUAGUGCAGUGCACUAAUUUUUUACUGUGAUAUUAUGUUAAGGAAAAAUCUCAAAAUGAAAACUAAAUAUUUUCUGUUCUUUAGGUUGCAGAAUCCAUAUGAAUGUCCUUUCAAUGGGAGCAGAAGGAAAGACUGUGCCUGUCGAAAUGAUUACCUUGCAGCUGGCUUCACAGUUUUUAGCAAAAUAAGAUUUGAUGUAGCUUCUAUGCAAAUUAAAACCACAGAUUUUCUUUUUGCUCAGACUAUACUUGGGAGAGCAGUACCAUUUGCUACAGCUGGAGAUUGCUACAGUGCAGCCAGAUGUCCACAGGGACAGUUCAGCAUUAACUUGGCUGGUACAGGUCUGAGAUUACCCAGUACAGUGAGAUGGAUUGCUCAGGGCAACUAUGCAACUGCUGACAUACACAAAUCCCAUGAUGGUACUAAAAUAUAUGGAAGAUGUGGAGGAUUUUGUGGAAAAUGUGUUCCUAAUACCAUUAUUGGUCUCCAACUUCAAAUACACUGA